GGCGGACCCGGCCUCCGCCUCUCAGUCCGCGGAGCGCGCCGGCGGCCACCUGGGCUCGCGGCGGCCGGAUCGCGGCGGAGGCGGGAGAGGGGCCCCGACGCCAGGUGCCGGGAGCCGCGGGGCGCGUGGCCGGCCGGAGGAUGCGGGAGCGCAUCUGGGCGCCGCUGCCGCUGCCGCUGCCGCUGCCGCCGCUGCUGCUGCUGCUGCUGCCGCUGCUCCCGCCGCCGCUGUGGGGCGGCCCCGCGGACAGCCCGCGCCCGGAGGCGCAGCGCGAGCCCGGGCCCCUGCAGCCCUUCGACCUGCUCUACGCCAGCGGCGUGGCCGCCUACUACAGCGAGGACUACGAGCGAGCCGUGCGCGACCUGGAAGCGGCGCUGCGCAGCCACCGGCGCCUGCGGGAGGUCCGCGCGCUCUGCGCCCGCCGCUGCGCCGCCCGCAGCCCGCUCGCGCCCCCCGGCGCCGGCCCCGCGGCCGAGCUGCCCUUCUUCCGCGCGCUGCUGGAGCGCGCCCGCUGCGCCCGCCGCUGCCAGGCCGAGCGCCUCGGGGGCCCCGCGUCCCGCCACCGCGUCAGCGACGAUGUGCGCAGCGACUUCCAGCGCAGAGUGCCCUACAACUACCUGCAGCGGGCCUACAUCAAGCUUAACCAGCUGGAAAAGGCAGUGGAAGCAGCCCACACAUUUUUCAUGGCCAACCCUGAGCAUAUGGAAAUGCAGCAGAACAUCGAGAAUUACAGAACAAUGGCCGGCGUCGAAGUGCUCCAGUUGGUAGAUCUAGAAGCCAAACCACAUCUGGAAAGUUACAGUGCAGGAGUUAAAUAUUAUGAGGCUGAUGACUUUGAGCUGGCUAUCAAGUACUUUGAACAAGCUUUAAGAGAAUAUUUCAAUGAAGAUAUGGAGUGCAGAGCCCUGUGUGAGGGGCCUCAGAGAUUUGAAGAGUAUGAGUACUUAGGGUACAAAGCUGGUCUCUAUGAAGCCAUUGCAGAUCACUACAUGCAGGUGCUGGUUUGUCAGCAUGAGUGUGUGAGGGAACUUGCCACUCGCCCCGGCCGCCUCUCUCCAAUCGAGAACUUUCUUCCCCUGCAUUAUGACUACCUACAGUUCGCCUACUAUCGAGUUGGUGAAUAUGUGAAAGCCUUGGAGUGUGCCAAGGCCUAUCUUCUCCUCCAUCCAGAUGAUGAGGAUGUCCUAGACAACGUGGAUUACUACGAGGGUCUGCUGGAUGACAGCAGUGACCCAGCAUCCAUUGAGGCCCGAGAGGAUUUGGCAAUGUUUGUGAAGCGUCAUAAAUUGGAAUCAGAACUAAUAAAAUCAGCUGCAGAGGGUCUGGGAUUUUCAUACACUGAACCGAAUUAUUGGAUCCGAUACGGAGGACGACAUGACGAGAAUCGGGUCCCUUCAGGAGUGAACGUGGAGGGGCCAGAAGUUCAUGGAUUGUCCGUGGGGAAAAAGUCAUCACCCAAGAUAGAUCGAGACUUAAGAGAGGGUGGCCCUCUGCUCUAUGAGAACAUCACAUUUGUCUAUAACUCGGAGCAGCUGAAUGGGACUCAGCGGGUUCUCCUGGAUAACGUCCUGUCAGAAGAACAGUGCCGGGAGCUCCACAGCGUGGCCAGUGGAAUCAUGCUUGUUGGUGAUGGAUAUAGAGGAAAGACUUCACCCCAUACACCCAAUGAAAAGUUUGAAGGUGCAACUGUCCUGAAAGCUCUCAAAUUUGGUUAUGAAGGCCGAGUCCCGCUGAAGAGUGCCCGUCUGUUUUAUGACAUCAGCGAGAAGGCUCGAAAGAUUGUAGAAUCCUAUUUCAUGCUGAACUCAACCCUGUAUUUUUCCUAUACACACAUGGUCUGCCGCACCGCCCUGUCUGGUCAGCAGGAUAGAAGAACUGACCUCAGUCACCCCAUCCAUGCUGACAACUGCCUGUUGGAUCCUGAGGCCAAUGAGUGCUGGAAGGAGCCUCCCGCUUACACAUUCCGGGACUAUAGUGCUCUCCUGUAUAUGAAUGAUGACUUCGAAGGAGGAGAAUUCAUUUUCACUGAGAUGGAUGCCAAGACUGUGACCGCCUCUAUCAAACCAAAGUGUGGGCGUAUGAUCAGUUUCUCAUCUGGAGGAGAGAACCCUCAUGGAGUGAAGGCAGUCACCAAGGGCCAGAGGUGUGCUGUGGCUCUGUGGUUUACCUUGAACCCACUUUAUAGAGAAUUGGAGCGAAUACAGGCCGACGAGGUGAUCGCCAUCCUCGAUCAGGAGCAGCAGGGGAAGCACGAGCCGCCUAUCAACCCCAAAGACGAGCUAUGAACAUGAGGGAAAGAAAAGUUCUAUCAGAUAUUUAUUUAAAUUGUUAAUCUUAUGAGAACCUUUUUAUUUUUGUACAGAGCCGUGGUAUAAGUUAACAGGUUAAGCUGACUCCUCUGAUCCCCCUUCUGUUCCUGAGGAUGCUCGCUUUGCCCCACUCGGGCUGUCCGUCUUGGUUUCUCAUCAGGUCCACGCACACGCACACAUGCACACACACACACACACACACACACACACACACACACACACACACACUCGGGCCCUGCGUUUGCUGCAGAUCCGAAAGCUCAAGCAGAAAGAAUCAGUUUGUUGGCAAAACUACACGUCUCGUGCGGCUCCAGCUAUAAAGGCAGCGUGUGGUGUGGACCCAGAGGCCUUCCUGGCCCCUUGGGUGACACCGCCUCGCAGGGCUGGGGGCUGAGCUGGAGUCCACAGCGGGGUCCGCACUGCCCCCCGGGGUGAGGAGCGCUGCAGGAGACGGGGUCCCCACCUCUGCAGGGCCCUGGCGUGGGGACUGGCUCUGGUGCCCUCACCUGAGAACACACCUCACCUACAUGGGAGCUUUGAUUCAUCGUCCACAGUGCUCCGGACAGGACUGCCCUGAGCCUUGGGUCUUUGAAAAGAGUGGGUCAGGGGGUGGAAGGAGCGUGACCCUUCACCCCUGUGCCUUGGGAAGAACAUCCCCAGCCCCGCCUGGAGCAGGGAACCAGCGCCGCAAGCCCGAGUGUGGGGCCCAGUGGGGUGAAGGGUACGAAAAAUGGAUUUCUGACUGAUUCCAGCCUUCCACUGCGUGUGUUUUGGGGUUCCCUCAUCUCGCUGCUAUCCAGUUCACAGAUCCGUGCUUGUGUCUGAUUGUUUAAUACAGGGAGCCUUACUCUAACAUCUGGCAUUUAUGGUUUCUUCUCCCGAAUGUUUGGUGUGGCUUCAGGUAAUGGGUGUGUGGUGGUGGCGGCGGGGGGUGCAGCCCAGGGACAACACUGGGCCAUGACUAGUUUGCUGGCAGGGGCUUCAGGACCACAAGGAAAGUGGAAGCAGUGCUGUUGAAGGAACAGAAAUGGUUUGCAGAGGUGUCGGUCCAGAGGACGUCUGGCCCUUGGCCGGAAUUCUGCGGAAACCCUGCAAAGACACUGUUUGCAGUGGGGCUGGGGUGGUUCUAGCCCAGGGAAGCCGGUGCCACUAGCCAGUGGGAGGUCACCUGCCUUGGUCAUGGGCACGGGUAGGGAUAGUCAUUCCUAAGAAAACCAGCAGAUCACAACAUUUUCUGAAAAAUCUCAUUUAUUUUUUUCCAUUAAUGAUCUUGGUUAAUGGUAAGCUCAUUCAUCCUUUGAGCCUGGAAAACUGAGUCAUCGUGACUUAUGUGCCAUCUCUUCUCCACCCAGCCUUCAGCUGGAAGAGUGGAAGGAGCAUCAGAUUUAUAAUCCCAGCUGGAUCGACGAUGCCCUGCUGUGUGACCUGCAGCCACCGUCUUUCCCUUUCUGGGCUUCGGCUUCCUUUUCUGAAAAUGAUGUCAUUGGUUAUGAUUGUUUCCAAAAGGCCCUCCCGCCUCUUGCUCUAAAUACAAAACCAAGCAAAUAAAAGUCAAAAACAAAGCUGACUUUAGAAAGGUUCACAGAUGCAACCAAAGUUACUUCUACAAACAUUUGGAGCAUUUGUGAAUGGGUUCAUUAAUGUGUAUCUGUGAUUUGAAAACUCUAAACCCAAUUUUUGGGCUAAAGCUUCCUGAGCUUUGAAAAGGUAGGUUUCUGUUUGUUUGCCUUUUCACCGAGAAGUGUUUGCUGGCACUCCGAUGUGCUGGUAGGGGAAGCUGGGCAAGAUCUAGUUUCUGUUUUCUGGCAACGAGGUGUCAACAAAGAAAGCCGUCUUUGGUGCCUUGUAGUUCCCGCUUCCUGGGUGCUGUGCGAGCUCCAGGAGAGGCAGGGACUCUGGCACACAGGUCAGGUUUCUGCCCCACAGAAAGUGGGGGACAGCCUCCAUCCAUGGUGUGUGGAUUCACAUCUUAUGCCGUUUGCUGACUGCACAGGGUAGUGAUUCCUGUUUUUCAGGUUGCCCGUGUUGUUUUACACCUGGAACAUUGUGUAUCCACUAAAGCAUUUAUUUUUUUUUUUAAUCUGCUCCACAUCAAACCAUACAUAAUGUUUAUUCCGAUAGUUAGGGAGUGUCAUCCGAUGACUUGAAGCAGAUCUGAGCCAGGGCAGCCGAGUCGCGUUCUGUGACAAUGCCUGGCCAGGGGCCUGUGGGUGCUGGAUCCUGGCGCAGGGCGGCGUCCGGGAAGGGGUGCCUGUUUCGAUGUGGCCAGAGAAGGUGUUUGCUCCCGAUCUAUGGGCCUGGAGGGCUGUGUCUGUGUGACCGGGUGACUUUCUCUGAUCACUCAGCAGUGCCGUAUGUGCUGGAGACAGCCCAGGCUGAAAGGCCCACUUUUUCUGACCUCACGUCCAGGCCUCUUCAGCUCCACCACCUGGGGAACGACCACUUACCUGGUGACCAUCCCUCCCUUGGAUGAAAAGCCUGCACUUUUACAAAGCUUUUGUUUUCACCCUCUCCUGGCGCUGGAUGCUGAGGACACGGAGCCUGCUCGCACACCAGUCCUCCUGGAGGUGUCACAGGCCCUGAUGCCCACUUUCCAGAUGAGGGAACGGACAGCAGUGAAGGGAAAUUGGAGCCUGCGAUCACUCAGCUUGGAAUGUCUGAGUCCCAGGAGCAGGGUAGGGGGCAGGUAGAAACAGGUACCAGGGUGGUUUGCUCCCUAGGCCAUGCUUCCAGGCGUAUUAAAUUUAAAGUAAUACAUUAACAUGAAGAGAAAAGUCAGAUUUUUAUAAAAUUUGAACGUUUGCUCCUCUGUUCCUUUCUUGCUGAGUGAUAUGUGAAGGCGUAGUUCCCCUUCUCUCCUCAGAGAUGUAGCAAAUGCAGGUUGUGUAGUUCAGUUAGAUCAGCCCCACUUUGGGUGCCUGGGUGGCUCCGUGGUUGAGCAGCCGCCUUUGGCCCAGGUCCUGCUCCUGGGGUCCUGGGAUCAAGUCCCACAUUGUGCUCUCUGUGAGGAGCCUGCUUCUCCCUCUGCCUGUGUCUCUGCCUCCCUCUGUGUCUCUCAUGAAUAAAUACAUAAAAUCUUAAAAAAAAAAAAGAUGAACCCCAUUUUCAGAAAAAUACUGUGUCCCAGGCACUGCCUUCAUGAAGCUCACAAAAGGAAAGAGAGUUUUGGUCAGGUGUCUCUUUUUCCUCUUUCUUCAACCCAGAGAGAAUCGUGAACAUAAAUUUCUUCUUGAGGAGACACUGGCAUGGGACAGAGUGAUAUUCUUGGGUGUGCAAGGUGCUUUCUUUAGAGCCCUGGAUAUAGAUUGUUUGACAAGAAAUCUUAGUUUUAAUGCAGCCUUCAUCAUUACUGUGCACAUAGCGUGUUUUGGCACUUAUUCAGCUGAGGAGAAGCCAUGGAAUGAGUCACUACCAUUUAAUAAUAUAGACCUGUGAAUUUUAAUUGAAGUACAAAUGCUGAAUUAUUUCACCUAAGACAGCCACAGGCAACAACUCCCUCACUGACGUCAAGGGUGGAGGUAAUGGGGGCCACCUCACCGAUUCCUUAUGCCAAAUAAUGAAACAUUCUGAGGUGACUGGCAGUGCUAUGGCUGAGAAGUGGGGAAAAGUUGAACUGUUCCCACAUCCAGAGCUCCUCAGGGAGACAGGAGCCAUUUGGCAAAAACUCCAAACCACAAGUUAGAUUCGGGCCCCUGGUUGCGAUCCCUCUCUUCCUCCUGCCAAGAAGCCUACGAUGUGAAAUGACCCCCCACCUAGUGCCACAGCCCACCCGCAGAUCCCCUGCUCUUCAGAUAAUCUGAUGUUUCUACCAUGAGACAUAAGCUGUUUUUUUUUUUUUUUUGGGGGGGGGGGCCUGGUUGAUUUCUUCAGACAUACUGAGACAUGUAACAUCAACCACCCUUGGAGCUCACUGCAGGGUUGGAGCUGCAGACUCAUGCUGUCAGACCUUCCCCUUCACCUCUGGUCCCUGGAAAAUCACCGUGUUCUCUGUACCCCCUGCUGACCUCUGAAGCCAAACAACAUCAAGUCCCAAUGCUUGCUCUGCAUUGGAUGGCAUCAACCACAUAAAAAAUUGGCGUGGUGAACCACCUCUGCCUUCAAAAAUCUUACUAAGGGCUCACAAAAAUAACCAAACAAGAUGUUCUUGCCCUCUCUUUUCCUGCCACGCAUUGCUAGGAGGAGAAGCUGAAUGCUCCUUUCAUUCAAUAUACAGCACACCUUUUCUAGCCACUUGAUUGGAUGUCCCUGAGAGGAGGGGGAUCACGAGGUGACAAAAGCAGAGUUUGAGAGUUUGAGAGCCUUUCCAGUUUAUGGGUCAUUCUCAUCAGUCAUCUGUUCUGGAAAGGCCACCCACCUGCUUUCUUCAUUCCAGUCUCCAUUUCAACAGUGAACUGGGUGUUCUCCAUCUAUCUGGGAACUCUUGCCCUUGGCCCCUCUCAUCGGACUUAGAGGACUUCCCUCUUGAUGGCAGUCUGAUGGCAUAGGCUUCGGAAACCCUACCCAGCUCCGAGUUAAACCCUCCCGUCUUCCAACUUGACGUUUCUACCUCCGAAUUACUACCUGAUGGUAGGCGGGGGUAGAAAUGAGAACCAGGGAAGAGGUAUUACCUGCUAUGUCUCAUCUUUUUCCACUUGUAAAUCAUCCAUCCCAUUGUUCAAAGGGUUGUAAUCAUGGUUGGCAUUUAUAAAGCUUUUUUUAUGGUCUCGAAGCACUUGGCAAUCCUAUGUAACUACACAAUUAUCUUGAGAGACACAUCAGUGCAAUCUUCCUUUUGUAAGCAGGGAAAAUGAGCACUCGCAGCAGAGGUUCUGGUAGAGCUCUGGUCACUCAUGAAUUCAUUAAUCAGUUUUUGAGUGGCUACUCCACAGUGGGUUUAAGGAGGUAUUCAAAAAUUACUAAGGUUUCAUCCCUCCCUUUGAAGAAUUCAAAGUAAAGUAGGAAAAAAAAAUAGAUGUGAACUAAUGAAACAAUUAAAAAAAAAAGCAGUGUGAAGGGAGAGAAGGGAGUGGUUGCAAAGAGAGAGAGCUUCACAAGAAAAGGUUAAGCUGGGUCUUGAGUGCUGGCUCUGCCCCCCAAGCAGAAAGGAGCAUGUGACAUCUCAUUUGACCACAGUGUCCUCCACUGAAAAAGUACAGGAUUUGAGGGGCACCUGGAUGGCUCAGUGGUUGAGCAUCUGCGUUUGUGAUUCGGGUUGUGAUCUGGGGGUCCCGGGAUCGAGUCCCAUAUCGGGCUCCCUGCACGGAGCCUGCUUCUCCCUCUGCCUGUGUCUCUGCCUCUCUCUGUCUCUCAUGAAUAAAUAAAAUCUUAAAGAAAAAAAAAAGUAUGAGAUUUAACCUGGAUGGUUUCUUGGGUUCUGAAACGUUAAGCUGUCAGGAAGAGAAUUCAUAUAAAAGUUGUUCUGGAGGGGGGCAGAAGGGGAUCUUAACUGUGGAUCUGCCUGGGAAAGCACUUUAAUGAAUGCUGUGAAAAUCCAAAUAAAUACCAGUUUAAAAGGAAGUU